AUGAAAGAACACUUUCUGUUCAGUUCUUUACUUCUGUCUCCUUUUCUUUUUUUUUCCUUUUCUUUAACACUCCUUAUUUUUCUUUUUCAUCAUCUUCCCUACUCUUCUUUUCUUUCCUUCCCUCCUUAUUCUUUAUUCUUUUUUUUUCCCUCCUCGUUCCUUAUUCCCUUAUUCCCUCUCCCACUCGUCUUUCCCUUGUUCCUAUUUUUUUUUCUUCCCCUCUGUCUUUAUGUCUCCUAUUCCCUUGUUCCCUAUUCUUUAUUUUCCCUCUCCUCGUCUUUCUCUCUCCUUAUUCCCUAUUUUUUUCCUUCUCUCAUCGUCUUUCUGUCUCCCUUAUUCUUUUUUUUUCUUUUCUCUCACUUUCUUUUUCUUUUUUUUCCCUUUUAUUUUUUGUUCUUUCUGUCUCCUUAUUCUUUUUUUUUCUUUUUUCCCUCUCACUCUUUAUCUCUCCUCCCUAUUCUUUUUUCUUUCCCUCUCACUCGUCUUUCCUCCUUGUUCCCUUUUUUUUUUCUUUCCCCUCUCCUUUCUCUCUCCUUAUUCCCUAUUCUUUUUUCUUUCCCUCUCACUUGUCUUUAUGUCUCCUUGUUCCCUAUUCUUUUUUCUUUCCCUCUCACUCGUCUUUAUGUCUCCUUAUUCCCUAUUCUUUUUUCUUUCCCUCUCACUCGUCUUUCUCUCUCCUUAUUCCCUAUUCUUUUUUCUUUCCCUCUCACUUGUCUUUAUGUCUCCUUGUUCCCUAUUCUUUUUUCUUUCCCUCUCACUCGUCUUUCUCUCUCCUUAUUCCCUAUUCUUUUUUCUUUCCCUCUCACUCGUCUUUAUGUCUCCUUAUUCCCUAUUCUUUUUUCUUUCCCUCUCACUCGUCUUUCUCUCUCCUUAUUCCCUAUUCUUUUUUUUCCUCUCACUCUAUUAUCUUUCUUUCUCUCCUUGUUCCCUUGUUCCCCUAUUCUUUUUCUUUCUCUCUCACUUCUUCUUUUCCUCCCUUAUUCUCUUUCCCUCUCAAUCGUCUUUCUGUCUCCUUAUUCCCUAUUCUUUUUCUUUCCCUCUCACUUUCGUCUUUAUGUCUCCUUAUUCCCUAUUCUUUUUCUUCCCCUCUCCUCUCUUUAUGUCUCCUUAUUCUUUCUUUUUUCUUUUCCCUCUCUCAGUCUUUCUCCCUUAUUCCUAUUCUUUUUUCUUUCCCUCUCUCACUCUGUCUUUCUGUCUCCUUAUUCCUCUCCUUCCUAUUCUUUUUUCCCUCCCUCUCUCACUCCUUAUCUUUCUCUCUCUCCUUAUUCCCUAUUCUUUUUCUUUCCUCUCACUCGUCUUUCUCUCUCCUUAUUCCCUAUUCUUUUUUUCUUUCCCUCUUUACUAUCUUUUUUAUUCCUAUUCCCCCCUCUCCUCGUCUUUCUCUCCUUAUUCCCUAUUUUCCCUUUUUUCUCUUUCCCUCUUUUUUCCCUCUCAUUCGUCUUUCUCUCUCCUUAUUCCCUAUUCUUUUUUUUUUCCCUCUCCUCUCGUCUUUCUCUCUCCUUAUUCCCUAUUCUUUUUUUUAUGUCUCCUUUCCUUCUCCCUCUCACUUGUCUUUAUGUCUCCUUAUUCCCUUUCUUUUUUCUCCUCUUUCUGUUCCUUGUUCCCUUUUUUUUCUUUCCCUCUCCCUCAUGUCUUUCUCUCUCUCCUUAUUUCCCUAUUCUUUUUUUUUUUUCUUUCCUUCCUCUAUUUUUUUUUCUUUUUUUUCCUCUCCUUUCCUCUUUCUCUCUCCUUUAUUCCCUAUUCUUUUUCUUUCCCUCUCACUGUUUUCUCUCUUUAUUUUUUUUUUUUUCCCUCUCACUUGUCUUUCUCUGUCCUUAUUCCCUUUAUUCCCUCUCCUUCUUUCUCUCUCCUUAUUUAUUUCCCUCUCACUUUCCUAUUCUUUUUUCCUCCUCCCUACUCGUUUAUCUCCUUAUUCCCUUCUUUUUUCUUUCCCUCUCACUCUGUCUUUUAUCUCUCCUUAUUUCCCUUUUUUUCUUUCCCUCUCACUCGUCUUUCUCUCUCCUUAUUCCCUAUUCUUUUUUUUUUUCCCUUUCGUCUUUCUCUCCUUGUUCCCUAUUCUUUUUUCUUUCCCUCUCCUCUUUCUCUCUCCUUAUUCCCUAUUCUUUUUUUUUCCCUUUUCCUCUCUCCUUAUUCCCUAUUCUUUUUCGUCUUUCUCUCUCUUUUCUCUCCUCGUUCCCUAUUUUUUUUUCUUUCCCCCUCUUUUUGUUUCCCUCUCACUCUUUCUCUCUCCUUAUUCCCUAUUCUUUUUUUAUUUCUUUUUCUCUCUUUAUUCCCUAUUCUUUUUUUUUUUUCCUCUCAUUCCCUAUUCUUUUUCUUUCCCUCCUCACUCUUUUUCCCUCUCCUUAUUCCCUUUAUUCUUUUCUUUUUUCCCUCGUCUUUCUCUCUCCUUAUUCCAUUUCUUUUUUCCCUCUCCUUAUUCCCUAUUCUUUUUUCUUUCCCUCUCACUUGUCUUUAUGUCUCCUUGUUCCCUAUUCUUUUUCUUUUCCCCUCUCCUCGUCUUUCCUCUCCUUAUUCCCUAUUCUUUUUUCUUCUCCCUCUCUCGUCUUUCUCUCUCCUUAUUCCCUAUUCUUUUUUUUCCCUUCCCUCUCUUUAUCUUGUCCCUUUUCUCUCUUUCUUAUUCUCCUCUCCUUUAUUCUUUUUUUUUUCCCUCUCACUCGUCUUUCUCUCUCCCUUAUUCCCCUAUUCUUUUUUUCUUUCCUCUCACUCGUCUUUCUCUCUCCUUAUUCCUAUUCUUUUUUUCUUUCCUUUCUCUCUCCUCCUUUUCUUUAUCACUCUCUUUCUCUCUCCUUAUUCUUUCUUUUUUCUCUCUUAUUUAUCUCUCCUUAUUCCCUAUUCUUUAUUCUUUUCUCUCCUUAUUCCCUCUUUUUUUCUUUCCUUUCUCUCCAAUGUCUUUCCCUCUUUCUUUAUUCUCUCUUUCUUAUUCCCUAUUCUUUUUUCUUUCCCUCUCACUUCUUUUCUUUCCCCUUUCCCUCACUUUCUUCUUUCUCCUCUCUUUUUUCUUUCCCUCUCCUUCUUUCUCUCCUUAUUCCUUUUUUUUUCUUUCCCUCUCACUCUUUAUGUCUUUCUCUCUCCUUAUUCCCUAUUCUUUUUUUUUCUUUCCCCUCUCAAAGUCUUUCUCUCUCGUUCCCUUUCUUUUUUCUUUCCCUCUCCUCGUCUUUCUCUCUCCUUAUUCCCUAUUCUUUUUCUUUUUCCCUCUCUCUUUGUAUACUGUCUUUCUCUCUCCUUAUUCCCCUAUUCCUUUUUUUUAAAUUCCCUCUCACUCUCUUUAUGUCUCCUCAUUCUUUUUUUUUCCUCUCCUCGUCUUUCUCUCUCCUUAUUCCCUAUUCUUUCCCUUUUUUAAGUCUUUCCCUCUCACCCUCUCACUCUUUCUCUCCCUUAUUCCCUAUUCUUUUCCUUUUUAUUCCCUUUCCUUUCCCUCUCACUCGUCUUUAUCUCUCCUUAUUCCCUAUUCUUUUCUUUUUCAAUCGUCUUUCUCCUUUUCCCUCUCCUCGUCUUUCUCUCUCCUUAUUCCCUAUUCUUUUUCUUUCCCUCUCCUCGUCUUUCUCUCUCCUUAUUCCUAUUCUUUUUUUCUUUCCUCUCUCGUCUUUCUCUCUCCUUGUUCCCUAUUUUUUUCUUUCCCUCUCACUCGUCUUUAUGCCUUAUUCCCUAUUCUUUUUCUUUCCCUAUUUUAUCUCCCUUUUUUCUUUUUCUUUCCCUCUCACUCGUCUUUCUCUCUCCUUAUUCCCUAUUCUUUUUUCUUUCCCUCUCACUCGUCUUUCUCUCUCCUUAUUCCCUAUUCUUUUUUCUUUCCCUCUCACUCGUCUUUAUGUCUCCUUAUUCCCUAUUCUUUUUCUUCUCCUCUCUUUCUUUCUCCUCUUUUUUUCUUUCCUCUCACUCUUUUCUCCUUAUUUUUUUCUUUCCCUUCUUUUUUCCCUAUUUUUCCCCUCUCCUCGUCUUUCUCUCUCUUAUUCCCUAUUCUUUUUUUCCUCUUUUUCUCUCUCCUUAUUCCUAUUCUUUUUUUUUUCUCCUCGUCUUUCUCUCCCUUAUUCCCUAUUCUUUUUUCUUUCCUCUCACUCUCCCUCUCUCCUUUUUCCCUAUUCUUUUUCUUUCCCUCUCACUCUGUCUUUCUCUCUCCUUAUUCCCUAUUCUUUUUCUUUCCCUCCCUACUCUGUCUUUUCUCUCCUUAUUCCCUAUUCUUUUUUUCUUUCCCUCUCUUUUACUCUGUCUUUUUUUCUUUCUCUCCUUAUUCCCUAUUUUUCUUUUCUUUUUUCCCCCUCUCUCUUCCUCUUUCUCUCUCUUUCCCUCUCUCUCUUCUUUCUCUCUCCUCCCCUAUUCUUUUCUUCCCUCUUCUCUUCUUUAUCCUCUCACUCGUCUUUCUCUCUCCUUAUUCCCUAUUCUUUUUUCUUUCCCUCUCACUCGUCUUUCUCUCUCCUUAUUCCCUAUUCUUUUUUCUUUCCCUCUCACUCGUCUUUCUCUCUCCUUAUUCCCUAUUCUUUUUUCUUUCCCUCUCUCCUUUAUCUUUUUCUUUCCCCUUAUUCCCUAUUCUUUUUCUUUUUUCCCUCUUUUUUCUCUCUCCUUUUUUUCUUUCCCUCUCACUCCUCUUUCUCUCUCCUCUUUUCCCUCUCUCUCUUUUCUUUCCCUUCCCUAUUCUUUUUUAUUCUUUCUUCCUCUCCUCGUCUUUCUCUCUUUUUUCUUUUUCCCCUAUUCUUUUCCCUCUCACCGUCUUUUCCCUUUAUUCCUUUCUUUUUUUCCCCUCUCACUCGUCUUUCUCUCUCCUUAUUCCCUAUUCUUUUUCUUUCCCUCUCACUCUUUCUCUCCUUGUUCCCCUAUUCUUUUUUCUUUCCUUCACUCUCUUCCUAUUCCUUUCUUUUUUUCCUCUCACUCGUCUUUCUCUCCUUAUUCCCCUAUUCUUUUCUUCCCUUCACUUGUCCCUUUCCUUUUAAGUCUUUAUGUCUCCUUAUUCCUAUUCUUUUCUUUUCCCUAUUCUCUUUCCCUCUCCUUUUUCUCCCUUAUUCCCUUUUUUUUUCUUUCCCUCUCACUUUUCUUUCUCUCUCCUUGUUCCCUAUUCUUUUUUCUUUCCUCUCAUCUUUAUCUCUCCUUAUUCCCUAUUCCUUUCCCUCUCACUUUUUCUCCUUGUUCCCUAUUCUUUUUCUUUCCUCUCACUUGUCUUUUCUCUCUAUUCUUAUUCCCUUUCUUUUUCUCUUUCCCUUUCACUCUCACCCGUCUUUAUGUCUCCUUAUUCCCUAUUCUUUUUCUUUUCCCUCUCACUCGUCUUUCUCUCUCUUAUUCCCUAUUCUUUUUUUCUUUCCCUCUCACUUGUCUUUUCUCUCUCCUUAUUCCUUUUUUUUCCCUCUCUCCUUAUUCUCUCAUUUUCUCUCUCUUUUUCUUUUUCUUUCUCUCUUUUUCCUUAUUCCCUAUUCUUUUUUUCUUUCCCUCUCACUUGUCUCUCCUUAUUUAUUCUUUUUUCCUUGUUCCCCUAUUCUUUUUUUUCCCUUCUCUUUAUGUCUUCCUCUCUCCUUGUCCCUUUCUUUUCCCUCCUUUCUCUCUCCUUAUUCUUUGUUUUUCCUCUCCUUGUUCCCUUUCCCUUUCUUUUCUUUCCCUCUCACUCGUCUUUCUCUCUCCUUAUUCCCUAUUCUUUUUUCUUUCCCUCUCACUUCUCCUUUUUUCUUUUUCUUUCCCUCCUCACUCGUCUUCUUCUCAAAUUCCCUGUUUUUCUUUCCUCUCACUCUGUCUUUAGUCUCCUUAUUCCCUAUUCUUUUUUUCCCUUUUCCUUCUCUCUCUCCUUAUUCCAUAUUUUUUUCUUUCCUCCUUAUCUCCCUUAUUCCCUAUUCUUUUUUCUUUUCCCUCCUUCUUUUUCUUUCCCCUCACUCGUCUUUCUCUCUCCUUUCUUUUUUUUUCCUCUCAUUCCCUAUUCUUUUUUUUCCCUCUCACUCGUCUUUCCUCUCUCCUUGUCUUUAUGUCUCUUUGUUCCCUAUUCUUUUUUUUCCCUCUCACUUCUUUCUUUCCCUCUCUUUCUCUUUUUCUUUCCCUCUCACUCGUCUUUCUUCCCUUAUUCCCUAUUCUUUUUUUCUUUCCUCUCACUCGUCUUUCUCUCUUUAUUCCCUAUUCUUUUUUCUUUCCUUUCCUCUCACUCGUCUUUCUCUCCCUUAUUCCCUAUUCUUUUUUCUUUCCCUCUCGUUUUUCCUCUCCUUACUCCUAUCUUUUCCCUCUCCUUAUUCCCUAUUCUUUUUCUUUCCCUUUCUUUCUCUCUCCUUAUUCCCUAUUCUUUUUUCUUUCCUUUCUCUCCUUAUUCCCCUAUUCUUUUUCUUUCCCUCUCACUUCUUUCUCUCUCCUUAUUCCCUAUUCUUUUUUCUUUUUCUUUCCUUCUCAUUCUCUUUUUUUUUCCCUCUCCUCUCCUUUUUUCUUUCCCUUCCCUUAUUCUUUUUUUUUUCUUUCCCUCUCACUCGUCUUUCUCUCUCCUUAUUCUUUUUCUUUCCCUAUUCUUUUCUCUCUCUUUUCCCUCUCACUCUCUUUCUCUCUCCUUCCCUUUUUUCUCACUUUUUAUUCCCUCUCACUUUUUUUUCUUUCUCUCACUCUCUCUCCUUAUUCCCUAUUCUUUUUUUUUUCCCUCUCCUUUUCUUUCCUUUCUUUCCCCUCACUCGUCUUUCUCUCUCCCUUUGUUCCCUAUUCUUUUUUUUUCUUUCCUUCUCACUCUCCUUAUUCCCUAUCUUUCUGUCUCCUUAUUCCCUAUUCUUUUUCUUUCCUCUCACUCGUCUUUCUCUCUCCUUAUUCCCUAUUCUUUUUUCUUUCUUUCUCAAACGUCCUUCUCCAUCCUUAUUCUCAUUUCUUUCCUUCUCACUCGGCUUUCUCCCUCCAUAUUUUCUAUCUCCAUUCAUUUUUUUUCACCUCUCGUACAUCGUUCUCUGUCGUUAUUCUCUCUUCUCUUUUCUUUCGCCCUCGCUCGUGUUUCUCUCUCCUUAUUCUUUGUUGUCUAAUUUUUACCUCACACUCGUCUUUCUCCUUCUUUAUUGUCUAUUCCAUUUUCUUUCCCCCUCUCACAUCUUUUCAACUCACUCGUCUUUCUCACUCUUUAUUCUGUUUGGACAGAGGAAAACAACGCUUAGCUUACUGAGCUUGAUCUUUCUUUCAUUCUUUCUUUCAUUCUUUCUUUCUUUCAUUCUUUCUUUCUUUCUUUCUUUCAUUCUUAACCUCAUAUUUCUUCCUUUAUUCCUUUAUGCGUUCUUUCUUUCGUCCUCUUUCUUUCAUUCUUUCUUUCAUUCUUUCUUUCUUUCAUUCUUUCUUUCUUUCUUUCUUUCAUUCUUAACCUUAUGUUUCUUCCUUUAUUCCUUUAUGCGUUCUUUCUUUCGUCCGUUCUUUCCAUUAUAUUUGAUUCUUUCUUUCUUUUUCCUUUCUUUCCAUAUUUCUCUCUUCUUUCUUUCAUUCUUUCUUUCUUUCUUUCAUGAUUAA